AUGGGUCUCCUAUGGGUGCUAUCUGUUUCCAUGUUGACGGCGUGUGUCGCCAUUCCUAUGGACGCGGCGGCGGGGAGCCACAGCCUGUUUACCUGUGAGCCUAUCAUGCUGCGGAUGUGUCAGGGGCUGCCUUACAACAGCACCUUCAUGCCCAAUGUGCUCAACCACUACGACCAGCAAACGGCCGCGCUUGCCAUGGAGCCCUUCCACCCCAUGGUCAACUUGCAGUGCUCUCCCGAUCUGCGGAUGUUCCUGUGCGCCCUCUACGCGCCUGUGUGCACCGAGUACGGCCGCAUGACGCUGCCCUGCCGCCGGCUAUGUCUGCAGGCCAAAAGCGACUGCUACAAACUCAUGGACAUGUUUGGUGUCAGCUGGCCGGACGAGAUGGACUGCAACAGAUUUCCGGACUGCGACGAGCCGUACCCGCGUGCCGUUGACCUGCUGUCAAGUGCCGACACGACCGAGCCCGCCGUCCCCGUUCAGCGCGACUAUGGCUUCUGGUGCCCCCGAGAGCUGAAAAUAGACCCGGAGCUAGGCUACUCCUUUAUGGGAGUCCGCGACUGCUCGCCACCUUGCCCCAACAUGUACUUCACUCGCCAGGAGCUGUCUUUCGCCCGCUAUUUCAUCGGCGUGGUGUCCAUUGUGUGCCUAUCUGCUACCCUCUUCACAUUUCUCACCUUUCUCAUCGACGUGUCUCGCUUCCGCUACCCGGAACGACCGAUCAUCUUUUACGCCGUGUGCUACAUGAUGGUGUCCCUCAUGUUUUUCCUGGGUUUCCUGCUGGAGGACCGUGUGGCUUGUAAUGCUGCCGUUCCCGGGAGGUUUAGAGCUUCCACUGUGACUCAGGGCUCCCAUAAUAAGGCCUGCACCCUCGUCUUCAUGGUUUUAUAUUUCUUCACCAUGGCGGGCAGUGUGUGGUGGGUCAUCCUGACCAUCACUUGGUUCCUGGCCGCCGUUCCUAAGUGGGGUAGCGAGGCUAUCGAGAAAAAGGCUCUCCUGUUCCACGCCUGCGCCUGGGGUAUCCCCGGCGCGCUCACGGUCGGCCUGCUCGCCAUGAACAAGAUCGAGGGCGACGGCGUCAGUGGCGUUUGCUUCGUGGGUCUCUACAACCUGCCGGCGCUGCGCUGGUUCUUGCUGGCACCACUGGGAGUAGACGUGGCGGUGGGCGUGGUGCUGCUACUAGCGGGAAUCGCAGCUUUGAACCGGGUCCGCAUGGAAAUCCCGCUGGAGAAGGAGAACCAGGAGAAGCUAGUCAAGUUCAUGAUUCGCAUCGGCGUGUUCUCUGUGCUGUAUUUGGUGCCUCUGCUGAUCGUUCUGGCCUGCUAUCUGUACGAGAACAGCCACAGGACCGUGUGGGAGACCACAUGGGUCCAGGAGAAGUGUCGAGACUACCAUAUACCCUGCCCUUACCAGGUAGAGCAGAGCAGCCGUCCUGACGUAUCUGUGUUCCUGCUCAAGUACGUGAUGAUGCUGAUCGUGGGCAUCCCAUCGGUCUUCUGGGUAGGCAGUAAGAAGACGUGCUUCGAAUGGGCCAGCUUCUUUCAUGGCAAGAAACGCAAAGAUGUCCUGGUCGACGGCAGUCGACAGAUCCUGCGGGAGCCCGACUUCACUCAGCUGCUCCUGAGAGACAACCUCGCGCCAGUGGCUAGGAAGUCGCGGGGCACGUCCACGCAAGGCACGUCCACGCACGCCUCCUCCACACACCUGGCCGACCCGGACGAGCCCCACAGCGGAAGCGCCAGUCGGGCGGGCUCGCUUCGCAGCGGACGCUCAGAGUCGAGCGGUUUCCGCGGCAGCCUGCGUCGCUCGCGGGAUGGCAGAUACACGGCCUCCAGCUUCCGAGCCUCCGACGAGCGCGGACCCUACGGCAGCACGCCCCAUCUAGACGACCUGUUCCGGACGAGAAACUCGAGCCUGUCGCGCCACGGCUCCGCGCACCCGCUGGACGGCCAGUCGCGCCACGACAGCCUCAGGGACCUAAGCUGCGUUCCGCCGGGGAUCCCGGCAAACGGCAUCCGCAUGAUGCCGGAAGAAGACGUGGCGUGA